CUUCCGUUGGCCCGGCAAAAUAAAAAUAAAAACAAUUGCUCCGCCAUUUUCGCCUCCGACGGAAUCCUUGAGAAGAACUGAAGCAGAGAGAUCUCGAAUAUUUAUCUCCAACUGAAAUUCAUUAUUAGGGUUCAUCGGUUGACAAUGCUUCAAAUUCGGCUAAGGAGGGAUUCGCCGACGGAGACAGGUAAUGGAGCGAGACCUUCUCCGACGGAGACAGUGACGGUAGCUUGUCCCGACCACCUCGUCCUCGCCGAUCUUCCUGUCGCGAAAGGGAUCGGUUCCGUUACCCCCACCACCGUAAUCAAGCCCGUCGGUCGCCGUUCUCGCCGCCAGUUAGGCGAGAGAGUUCACUUCUGCGUCCGUUGCGAUUUUCCGAUCGCCAUCUAUGGUCGUCUGAUUCCUUGUGAUCAUGCGUUUUGCCUCGAAUGUGCUCGUAGUGAUUCCAUUUGCUAUCUAUGUGAUGAACGGAUUCAGAAGAUUCAGACAAUCAAGAUGAUGGAAGGAAUCUUCAUCUGUGCAGCUCCUCAUUGUCUCAGGUCUUUCCUGAAGAAACCUGACUUUGAAGCGCAUGUCCAUCAACUCCACGGCAGCCUAUUACAAGCCGAUGCAGAGAAAGAAGACGAUAACGAGUCAGAUGUUCAGAGCACAAAGCAGCAAUCUUCAGCUUCGGAAUCCACAUUGCGAGGUCCCUUAAGAUCCCAGCAGCAACAAUCCCGUGAACAACAACCGUUGCUACACAGGUCAGCAUCUAUGUCAAAACCACAGUCUGGAUUUGGUCAGGUCCAGAAUUACCCUGCAGAGAGCGAUAACUCUCGUCCUCCCGGAUUCGAGACCGCCAGUCCUAAACCAGGAAUCCGGUUCCCAGACUACCCGCCUAUGAAUCUCAUGCAACCGCCCAGCCUGCCCAUACCCAUGAACCAAAACCCGGGUUUACCACAGCAGUUUGGUUUUCCGUCUGCUUAUCCAACAACGGAUGGAUCGUCUCCACAAUUCUAUAGCGGUGCACCUUAUGAGAUGAAUAGAGCAGAAGGCAGCGGGACAGAACAAGGCUCACUGCUCGGGCAUCCGCCUCCACAAAUGAUGAAUCUGAAUUUCCAAGGAUCUUAUCCUCCUCAGUCGCCUUGGACAGAGCCCAGAAGCUCAUGAAAGCAUAUGCUUGGGAGCCGAUAAUUUCGCUCGAGCCCGUAAGAAUCCGGUUUAUGAAUACUAAACCGGUUUUAUUCAGGUUAUUGACGGUGGUGAAGAAAGUAGUUAGUAGUAGACUGGACUUUGUUUCUUGUUCGGAUUGUUUCUUUUUUUCUUUUCUUUUUGUGCAAUUUCGGAGUUUUUCUAUUCUUCUUUUCAACCUCAAGAGUAAAAGAAAGCUUUUGCCAUUUUGUAGAAACAGCCAUCCUAGUAGUUUGUUUUUCCACCCACGAUAUAGAAAAUCAUUAUU